GGGCUGGGCCUGCGCCGGACGCCGCCGGUGUCGCGGAUUCUCUUUCCGCCCGCUCCAUGGCGGUGGAUGCCUGACUGGAAGCCCGAGUGGGAUGCGGCUGACGCGGAAGCGGCUCUGCUCGUUUCUUAUCGCCCUGUACUGCCUAUUCUCCCUCUACGCUGCCUACCACGUCUUCUUCGGGCGCCGCCGCCAGGCGCCGGCUGGGUCCCCGCGGGGCCUCAGGAAGGGGGCUGCCCCCGCGCGGGAGAGACGCGGCCGAGAACAGUCCACUUUGGAAAGUGAAGAAUGGAAUCCUUGGGAAGGAGAUGAAAAAAAUGAGCAACAACACAGAUUUAAAACUAGCCUUCAAAUAUUAAAUAAAUCCACGAAAGGAAAAACAGACCUCAGUGUACAAAUCUGGGGCAAAGCUGCCAUUGGCUUGUAUCUCUGGGAGCAUAUUUUUGAAGGCUUACUUGAUCCCAGCGAUGUGACUGCUCAAUGGAGAGAAGGAAAGUCAAUCGUAGGAAGAACACAGUACAGCUUCAUCACUGGUCCAGCUGUAAUACCAGGGUACUUCUCCGUUGAUGUGAAUAAUGUGGUACUCAUUUUAAAUGGAAGAGAAAAAGCAAAGAUCUUUUAUGCCACCCAGUGGUUACUUUAUGCACAAAAUUUAGUGCAAAUUCAAAAACUCCAGCAUCUUGCUGUUGUUUUGCUCGGAAAUGAACACUGUGAUAAUGAGUGGAUAAACCCAUUCCUCAAAAGAAAUGGAGGCUUCGUGGAGCUGCUUUUCAUAAUAUAUGACAGCCCCUGGAUUAAUGACGUGGAUGUUUUUCAGUGGCCUUUAGGAGUAGCAACAUACAGGAAUUUUCCUGUGGUGGAGGCAAGUUGGUCAAUGCUGCAUGAUGAGAGGCCAUAUUUAUGUAAUUUCUUAGGAACGAUUUAUGAAAAUUCAUCCAGACAGGCACUAGUGAACAUUUUGAAAAAAGAUGGGAACGAUAAGCUUUGUUGGGUUUCAGCAAGAGAACACUGGCAGCCUCAGGAAACAAAUGAAAGUCUUAAGAAUUACCAAGAUGCCUUGCUUCAGAGUGAUCUCACAUUGUGCCCGGUCGGAGUAAACACAGAAUGCUAUCGAAUCUAUGAGGCUUGCUCCUAUGGCUCCAUUCCUGUGGUGGAAGACGUGAUGACAGCUGGCAACUGUGGGAAUACAUCUGUGCACCACGGUGCUCCUCUGCAGUUACUCAAGUCCAUGGGUGCUCCCUUUAUCUUUAUCAAGAACUGGAAGGAACUCCCUGCUGUUUUAGAAAAAGAGAAAACUAUAAUUUUACAAGAAAAAAUUGAAAGAAGAAAAAUGUUACUUCAGUGGUAUCAGCACUUCAAGACAGAGCUUAAAAUGAAAUUUGCUAAUAUUUUAGAAAGCUCAUUUUUAAUGAAUAAUAAAAGUUAAUUAUCUUUUUGAGCUAAGAUGUGAUUUUUAAAAUCAUUUUGACUACUGGGUGUAUAAAUGUGUUUGUGUGUGUAUGUAUUUAUAGAUGUUCUUUAAGGUACCCUUGAAAACCCUACAUUAUGUAUGCCACAUAAUGACAUUUCAGUCAAUGGUAGACUACAUAUAUGAUAGUGGUCCCAUAAGAUUAUAAUGGAGCUGAAAAAUUUCUAUCGCCUAGUGAUGUCAUAGCCUAGUGAUGACAUAUGUAUUGCAAUACAUCACUCACGUGUUUGUGGUGAUACUGGUGUAAACAAAUCUAUUGCACUGCCAGUCAAGUAAAAGUACAGCAAUUAUGUCCUGUACAUAAUACUUAAUAAUGACAAUAAAUGACUAUGUUACUGGUUUAUGUAUUUACUAUACUUUUUACAAUUUGUAUUAGUUCUUGCAUUGCUAUGAAUAAAUGCCUGAGACUGAGUAAUUUAUAAA